CGAUAAGCCCGGUGAUUUUGCUCGAACGGGGAAGAAGAACCCUUUGUUACUUCUCUCCUUUAGGGCUCUUUUGAACCUUUCUCUCUCUGCAAUUCCCUUACAUUCCCCCACAUCCCCGGAUUUUCCUUUCACUUUCUCUUUCUCACCGACCAAACAAACGAACCAACCCUAUUCCUCUCUCUCUCUCUCACUCUAUUUAUAUAUAUAUAUAUAUAUGUCUGUCCUCUUCGACCAGUCCCGUACUUCUGUACUGGAUAAAACGACGAGUGAACUAAAAGUGACGGGAAGGAACUGAAACAAAGAAAUAAUAAUUGGAAACUCGAAGUGCACCAAGUCCGCCCUCUUGAUGCGAGUUCCGGGAACACAGAACUUCCAAGAAAGGUUGUGACAAGGAGCUUUAGAACCACAGAUCUGCUGUGAGCUCUGGGUGCUUAUCCAAAUUGUCUAAAAUCAAACGAAGUUUCUCAAUAACUAUAACAAAUACAAAGCCGAGGAACUGAGAGCUUAACACAUGUCAGACUCCGACCAAUCUUCAAAGGCGGCCAGCGAAAGCUUUAAAUAGGGACGGGAGAUCGAAAAGAGGGUUAGGCUCAGAUCGGUGAGUGGCAUGCUAUUUUCUGCCGCUGCUUUCGCUUGAAUCUGAAGCACAGAGGCUCAGAUCAUGGUAAUAAUAUAUAGGGGGGCUGUGAGGAGGCUGAGGCUCUGAGGCCGAUUCAGGCUUUGCUUUUGAAAGGCGGUCUCUGGUGUGGUCUGCGACUGCAAAAAGCUUAAGCAAGAGCUACUGCUAGCCUUCACUGACUUGGACGGUGAUAUAUCGGUAGCGUAAAAAAUUGCCUUUUUAUCGCUAAACAGCCAAAGUACUCAAUGAAUUAUCGUCAUCAAUAUGCAUAGGACACUGCAACCCCACCUGCACUCUCAUCACACCUCUUUCUCCAUCUAAGGAUAAAAAAUAUCGAUUUUCUCUCUCCAUCUCUCUAUUUAUAUUUCUCUCUCUAGAAGUAGCAGAAGGAUAAGAGAGAAAAUAAAAAAUAAAAAACUCAGUAGGUGUGUUCAAUUGUACGAGUUUCUGUUUGAGAAAGGCAUGAAAGUGGUAUGGAGGUGGAGGAUAUUCAGCAGGCAACAGCUUGUAAGUUCCCAAGGAUUGGAAAUGGCAGAAAUGAUUCUGGCAAAAUAGGCUCGAAAGGGGUUCCUGACCACUACCCAGAUGACGAGGAAGAUGGAGAACUCAACAGGGUUGGCCCAGGAAGCGAUGCCGGUGGGAAUGUCAACCGGCUUCGCGGCUGGAACCAUUCCCGCAUCAUUAGGGUUCCUCGGGCCUCGGGUGGCAAGGAUCGCCACAGCAAGGUCUGGACGUCCAAGGGUUUGAGGGACCGAAGGGUUAGACUAUCGGUAACCACGGCGAUUCAGUUCUAUGAUCUUCAAGAUCGGUUGGGUGUCGAUCAGCCGAGCAAAGCUGUGGAGUGGCUGAUCAAGGCGGCGGCCGAUUCUAUUGCUGAGCUUCCAUCACUAAAUACUUUUCCCGAUACCCCGAAGCAACUGAGCGAUGAGAAGCGGGCGAAUGGGGGUACGGAACAAGGGUUUGAUUCAGCUGCGGUUGAGUUAGAUGGUGACCCAAAUUUCCAAAACCAAAGCCAGCACCUUUCUUUGUCCAAGUCCGCUUGUAGCAGCACCUCGGAGACGAGCAAGGGCUCCGGUUUGUCGCUCUCGCGGUCCGAAAUCAGGGUCAAGGCUCGUGAGCGGGCAAGGGAAAGAGCAGCUAAAGAGAAAGAGAAGGAAAUUGACUCCCGCAUUGCUCAAAACGUGAACCAGAUUUCCCACAAUGCUUCGUUUACGGAGCUUCUCACCGGUGGAAUCAGCAGUGUUAACAACAAUGCAAAUAGUCCCACUCGCUCAGCGCAUCAAAACCCCGGCUGUGAGGCUAAUUUGUUUCAUAAGGCGGCGGCGAGGCAGUGGACUGGUUCGACACCAAUGGACUACUUCGACUCGGGGCUUCUGGGGCCUUCUUCCCGAGCCCAUCACUCUUCGGGGUUUUCAGGUCAAAUCCAUCUGGGAAAUUCCCUUCCAAUGACGAUGUCGGUUCCAGCGUUCAAUUUAUCAGGGGAUAAUCAUUCAGAGCUGCAACAUUUCUCAUUCGUUCCUGACCCUCUCAUCCCGGUGGCUUCGGCGACAUCACAGCCAGGCGGUGGGCCGGUUGACUACAACCUCAAUUUCACCAUUUCAUCCGGCCAGCUUGCUGGUUACAAUAAUAGGGGGACCCUUCAGUCCAAUUCACCGUCUCUUUUGCCUCACCUCCAGAGGUUUUCUCCUAUAGACGGACCAAACGUACCCUUCUUCAUGGCUUCGGCACCUUCAGCGUCUUUAGCCAUGGAGAAUCACCAUCACCACCAGUUCUCACCUGGAAUAUUUGACGGUCGCUUGCAGCUCAGCUAUGGCGACGCUAGCCGGCAUUCAGAGCAGAAGGGAAAAGGAAAGAACUGAGUUCCUGUUAGAUGAACUUAUCAUCUUCGCCCAUCUUCUUCCUGGGAAAUUAUGAAUUAAGGAGAUCAUCAUCAUCAUCAUCUAAAGCGCGCGCAGGCCAGGGGCCAGCAGGCAAGACGUACGUACGUGGGUGAGCAAAUGCACGUACGCCUUAGCUGCAUAGCUUAAUAAGUACCCCCCCACCCCCAUUAAUGCAAUUACGUUUUACGCUUUGGAAAUUGUUUUUUUAUUUAUUUUUACGUCUGAUUUCAAGUCAUUCGGCUUGCCUGGAUAGAUUUAUGAUCAUUUAGUCGGGCCUAGCUAGCUAGCUCGCAAUAUUGUGUGUUUUUAAUUAAAUAAUAUGACAUAAUUACAAUUCAAUUGAAGUUAUUCUUUUGAAUAUUUA